UAUGGGUAUGAAUCCAGAAGUAGCCCUGGCUGUGUCUGUAUGGGUCGAGGCAGUGAUCUAUGGGAUAUAUGCGUGCCUAUUCUUCGAGGCGCUGUACGUCAUGCUCAAGAAGCGGUCGACGACCGUCGGCUCGGCCAAGGUCUUCCUCAUAGGAACGACGCUGAUGUUCCUUCUCGCAACGGCACACAUGGCUGUCAACCUAUACCGCUUCAUCAGAGGCUUCGUGCUCAACCUCCACCCUCUGGGACCCUAUUUUUACUUUUUCGAUUUCACCAGGUGGGAUACGCGGGCACACAGCGUGAUGCUUUGUUUGAUGACCUGGCUGGGAGACACGUUGGUGAUCUAUAGGUGUUAUGUCGUUUGGGACCGCAAGCUCUGGGUGACCGUCGUCCCCGUUGUUUUAUUGCUUCUAAGUAUUGGUUCCAACGCGGUUCUCCUCUACUGGUUUAUCCACCCGAAUGUCGUGUCCCUCAGCACUGUCUUCGCCUGGAUGGGCACCGUGUACCCCAUCGCCUUUGCCCAGAACACAAUCACGACUGGCAUGAUUGCGUUCAAGAUCUGGAAGCAGCACCGCGCGUCGAGGACGAUGGGUGUAGUGAAUAGCUCAUCGUUGGACCUUCUUGGUGUCAUGCGGAUUAUCAUCGAGAGCGCCAUGAUAUACACGAUCCAGCUCCUCGUCCUGAUUAUCCUCUUCCCACUUCACCACAACGCGCAGUUUAUCGUCCAGGAUGCGGUAAUCCCCAGCAUUGGUAUCGUCUUCGUUUUGAUCGCGGUGCGGGUGCAUUUCUCGAAGUCAAGGACGCUUUUCGCUGCUGCUGCUGCUACCGUCCUAGCACCCCUUCCCAGCUGGCCAGACGACGAUUCAAGCACUCAGGAAGAUGGAAGAGCGACGCCGCGUCGGUCUAUUGUCGUACAAAUGAUAGACAACCUCGCGAUCGCCGAACCUGCGAAGAUGAGCGUGGAUUUCAUGUCGUCAAGACAAACAGUUAGCGCACCUUGCUG